AUGCGCGCGCCCGACGUGGCGAACGAUUUGGUUGACUUUUUGAACGAUUCGUGGACGGCGCAUCACGCCACGGAGGCGUCGGUGAAGCUUUUAGAAGCUGCAGGAUACUCCAAGAUCAGUGAAAGCGUAGAGUGGGGAGAUCUGAAGAGAAAUGGAAAGUAUUACGUGACGCGAAACCAAAGCGCGUUGGUGGCGUUCGCCGUGGGCGGGGCGUACGAACCGGGUAACGGGUUCAACGUUGUCGCCGCGCACACCGAUUCGCCGUGCCCGAAGUUGAAACCGGUGUCAAAAAUUAAAAAAGGUGGUUUCAUGCAAGUGGGCGUGCAGACGUAUGGCGGGGGGUUGUGGCACACGUGGUUCGACCGCGAUUUGAGCGUCGCGGGGCGAGUGCUCGUCAAACGAGACGGAAAGUUGGCGCACGAGUUGGUGCGCAUCGAUCGACCGAUCAUUCGCAUUCCCACGCUCGCGAUUCAUCUUGAUCGUGAAAUCUCGACGAAUGGGUUCAAACCGAACACGGAGACGAAUUUUGCGCCGAUUCUUGCCACCGCGAUAAAAGGCGAACUCGAGGAAAAGGUGGCCAACGACGGCGGCGCCCAUCACGCUCUUUUGCUCGCCGUUCUCGCGGAAGAGCUCGGGUGCGCACCAGGCGAUAUCGCUGACUUUGAACUGAAUGUUUGUGACACGCAGCCAUCCGUCAUCGGUGGCGCGGCGCGCGAGUUUAUUUUUUCGGGACGAUUGGACAACUUGGCGUCGAGCUAUUGCGGCGUUCGGGCUUUAAUCGAAGCCACGAGCGCGGCGGCGCUCGCCGAGCAAACCGGCGUGCAAAUGGUGGCGCUGUUCGACAACGAGGAGGUUGGAAGCUCGUCAUUUUAUGGCGGCGGAUCACCGAUGAUGUUUGAAUCCAUCAAACGCGCGGCGUCGGCGCUUAGUAAGGCGGCGCCGAACCAAGGCGGCGAAGGUCUCGUUGAACGCACCGUGCGCAACUCUUUCCUCGUCAGCGCCGACAUGGCGCACGCGUUGCACCCGAAUUAUAUGGAUAAGCACGAAGAUAAUCAUCAACCAAAGAUGCACAAGGGCAUGGUGGUGAAGCACAACGCCAACCAGCGAUACGCGACGACAGCGGUGACGUCUUACUUGUUUCGUGAGUGCGCCAAGAUGGAAAACGUUCCGACGCAAGACUUUGUGGUGCGCAACGACAUGGGAUGUGGUUCCACAAUCGGUCCGAUCAUCGCCGCCGGCGUCGGCAUCCGCACCGUAGACGUGGGUAUCCCUCAACUAAGCAUGCACUCCGUGCGCGAGAUGUGCGGCACGGAAGACAUCGAUAUCUGUUUCAAACACUUCACGGCGUUUUAUAAAAAUUUUUCGAAAGUCGACGAAACGGUGACCGUCGAUGGAUGA